AGUAACCUAGGCGCUCGUAGGAUUUCUAAUUUUUUAUUACAGUUUGUGAUCGAAAGUAGUAUUUUUGUAUUAAAUUAUUGGUUGGAUACUCUUGAAUAGUUUGAUUAAAUAAAUUAAAUAACGUACUCCUGUUUUCUUUAUGUAUCUUUAUCAUAUAUUAGUAUAGUAGCUCAAAUUGUGAGAAUAUAUUACUCUACAGCGAAAUACUUCAAAAGUGGAAGGCAAAAAACUUCAUAACUUCAAAUAAAAAACAAUUGUAACAACUAUUCGAAUAGUGAAAAACGUAAUAUAAUAGCUCUUCAGAAAAGAGCGAUCUCCGAAAUAUUUUUGUGAUAUCUAAAAAUUCUGAACAACUUUUGCCUAUUGGUAAUUAAUCAUAAAAAUGUUACAUAUUAUUCGAAAGUUUUAUUAUGUGUAUUUCUAUUAUUUAUGCGAAGCAUUAAAAAAGUUAUACUACAAUAUCGAAUUCUUGACGAAAAACUAAAAGUAUUUCAGUAUACUUCGUUAUCGUAUCAAGAAUAUUCCGUUCAGUUCAAUGCUUUUUUAUUAUAAUAAGAAAGCUAACUGUUACAAAAUUGAAAGAUACUCUUCCAAGAUUUUGAUAAUGCAGCCAUUUUGGUGGAUGUUCUCCGCUGCAGAAAGAGGGGAAAGCUAAAACACCGGACUUGUCAAGCAAUAGAAUUGAUACGAGAAGAGUAACAAAGAAUUAACUAAGAUAAGUAGUAUUUUUGCACUAAUUUUUACACGUGCAGUAAUAAGAGACAAUGGAGCUCGAGAGGGGGAGCAACCCCCUCUCUUAACUAUCACGAAACGUCAAGAUUUCCCGCAUAGAGUUCAUCGAAAAAUGGGGGCUAACCCCUGUCCUCAAACCGAGGCAGGAUUUACGCCCCCACCGUAUUGAUGGAGAGGAUCAUGGAGAUUUAAGAUCGUGUUUGAACGGCGGAUUAACGGAAAAGUAUUAAAAAUGUCGAGAAUUCCUUGCAAAGAUAAAGCAAUCUACUUCUGUUAUAUUUGCGGUUGAUUUGACCAAUACCGUAAGGAAAUAAAUAAUAUCAUUAAAAAAGAUCGUUACCAAAGUUAUUAAACCAAGAUGAUGAUGGAGCAAAUUCUCAUACUCAGUAUACAGCUGCAACUCAUUUUGAACCAAUACCACACGAUCAUGAUUUUUGUGAACGAGUUGUAAUUAAUUUUGCAGAACACACAAAAAAAACAAAUAAGAUGAAAAAAGCAGCAAUCUGCCUGUAUUUUCUUCUCGGAUUUAUGGCAGUUAGGGGACGAGAAGAAAACUCCGUCGUACAUCUGAUUGAAGACAGUGCAGGGAUUGCGUUUCAUAAAAUUGAACGUAUAGCCUUUACGUGUGAAAAUUGGAGUUUACUAACAACCAUUGACAUGCAACACAUUUUCAUUUGGAACGAGGUUAGUGGCUUACGAUUUGAAACGCAAUUAAGGACCCUCAAUCAAUUUCCCGACACUUUACUAGGUGAUCCAUCUCGAAGAAUACGGUAUUUUGAUCCGUUACGCAACGAAUAUUUCUUUGAUCGUAAUCGACCAUCGUUUGAUGCCAUUUUAUAUUACUACCAAAGUGGUGGCCGAUUACGUAGACCUGUAAAUGUACCUCUUGAUGUGUUCUCAGAAGAAAUCAAAUUUUACGAACUUGGCGAAUUAGCUACAAAUAAGUUCAGAGAAGAUGAAGGGUUUAUUAAAGAGGAAGAGAAACCUCUGCCGUCGCAUGAAUUUCAAAGAAAAGUCUGGUUAUUAUUUGAAUACCCUGAAAGUUCACAAGGAGCACGAAUCGUAGCCAUAAUUUCAGUAUUUGUAAUCUUAUUAUCCAUAGUUAUAUUCUGCUUAGAAACUCUACCGGAGUUUAAGCAUUACAGGGUGUUUAAUACUACCACUAACGGCACAAAAAUUGAAGAAGAUGAAGUGCCAGACAUAACUGAUCCAUUUUUCCUCAUAGAAACCAUAUGUAUCAUAUGGUUCACAUUUGAAUUAUCAGUGCGCUUCCUGGCUUGUCCAAAUAAGUUGAAUUUCUUCCGAGACGUGAUGAAUAUUAUUGAUAUAAUCGCUAUAAUACCUUACUUUAUUACAUUAGCUACGGUAGUAGCCGAAGAGGAGGAUACAUUGAAUUUGCCAAAAGCACCUGUUAGUCCACAAGAUAAGAGUACGAACCAAGCAAUGUCACUUGCAAUUCUCAGGGUCAUCAGAUUAGUUAGAGUGUUUCGAAUAUUUAAACUAUCCAGACACAGUAAAGGUUUACAAAUACUUGGAAGAACGUUAAAAGCUUCAAUGAGAGAACUUGGUCUACUAAUUUUUUUUCUUUUCAUUGGCGUUGUUCUCUUCUCAUCUGCAGUUUAUUUUGCAGAAGCUGGAUCGGAAAAUUCUUUUUUUAAGUCAAUUCCAGAUGCUUUUUGGUGGGCAGUUGUUACAAUGACAACUGUUGGAUACGGCGAUAUGACACCUGUUGGAGUUUGGGGAAAAAUUGUUGGGUCCUUAUGUGCGAUUGCAGGUGUUUUAACAAUUGCACUACCAGUGCCAGUAAUUGUUUCAAAUUUCAACUAUUUCUACCAUAGAGAGACUGAUCAAGAGGAAAUGCAGUCACAAAACUUUAAUCAUGUGACUAGUUGUCCAUAUCUUCCCGGAACGUUAGGUCAAAAUAUGAAAAAAAGUUCAAUGUCAGAAUCAUCAUCAGAUAUCAUGGAAUUAGAGGAAGGUAUUUUAUUACGACGUUCAGGUAUUAUAAAAAAAUCCAACUACAAUCCUCAUUACAAUAAUAACGUACAUCUUGCCUGUAUAAGUAUUGAGACUGAUGUCUGACUAAAAAGAAUUAGACUCCAUGAGUGCGUUUGUACAGAAAAGUUUUCGGUACAGUAUCAACUCUUUACGACGUACCUGAUUAUAAUAUAAGUUCUUUGUACGUGGAUAAAUAUUCAGAUAUGGGCCAAGUAUCUUUUAUACACGUACCAAAAGACUUGUGAAAAAUCAUAUUUCUGUCAAGAAGAAAACAAAUGAUGUGUUCGAAAUAGUAAAUUAUUAUAAUAAAAACAAAAACGUAAAUUCUAUAUAGCAGUACCACCGAAUCCAGUGUUCAACGGCAUACCAUUCGUCCUUCAAGAUAUGAAAGAAAACUUAAAAUAGUUACGUAAUUAGAAGCGCUAAAUUUAACAAUGUUUUUGUAUAUUUCAAAAAGUGAGCUUGUAUAAAUAUUCCGUUUUUCAUAGAAUUUAAAUUAUGCACGAAACUAAGAACGUCCAUGGAGGCAUCGAUAAUAAUUAUGAUAUAUAUCAAAAUUAAUAUUUACAAUUUAGAUUGUUUGGAAUAUUGCAUUAGAAGUAAAUGUUAUAGAGCAAUACAUUUCGACAGGACUACAGAGGACUAUCAUUUGUAAUUAGAUUAAUUUUUGUAAUUAGAAUCUUAAGCAAUGAAAAGUAUGCCUUAUUUGAAAAAUAUAGGUAAAUAUAUUCAUGUAAAUAUGUUAAUAAUUACCGACGAAUGCGAAAAUUCCCGUUUAGCUGUAUUAUGAAGU